UGUGGGAGCUUUGUACUUUGGAGGAAGCGAAUCGCCGCCUCUUAAUACCAGAUAUGAAGUUGUGGUGGAGUAACACAAUGCACUCUGCAUAUGCUCAGAAGCACACUUGUUCCAGGGAUGAGUCCCAGAAUAAUUAAAAAAACCUUUUCGUGGCUAAGCUGCAGUGAGCCCUACUUCUGCUUCAAAAGGAUCCCUGCUUCUGAAAGAUCCCGGGAGAAAGGCGAAAUAGGGCUCACGCCAUAUUUUUCGGCAAGACAGAAACAUCCCUUCUCGGCUCGCAGCCGUCCAGAGAAGGAGGUCGCUGUUGCCUUGAGGAUCCGAGCGCCCCCUCGGGCGCCUCUCUCCGCCUUUUGUUCCCAGACCGUGCGCGUCACCGGCUUAGCGGCUGGGCGGAGAUAGGAGAAGAGCGGAGGCAGGCAGAGGAGCGGUUGCUGCGUUUGGAGACGGCGAAGGAAGCAUCGUCGCGGCGUGGCAGCAGCAGCCGUUUAUCGACCAACGUAAUCCGGUUUCGCUUGAGACCAAAGCUAGCCUCGUUGACGGAGCGGGUUUUUUUGGCGGGGGGGGGCAGGCACAGCUCAGGACGCGCAGCGCGGAGAGGAGGGAGUCGGUUUUCUCCGGGGUGAGGAUGGUCAGCGACUCUAGCCCCAGAGCGCUCCGGGGGGGGCAGUGAGGAACCGGCAGCUUGCCUAGAGUCACCCGGCGAUGGCAGCGCCGGCUGAGGCGGAGUCCAGCCAGCCUCUCGCCUCGGCCCCCGCGCCGCCACCUCCUCCUCCUCCUCCUCCUCCUCCUCCUGAGAAGAAGAAGCUGCAGCGAGCGCCGUCCCCGGCCAGACCCAAGGAUGUGCCCGGCUGGUCGCUGGCCAAGAGCCGGCGCGGCAGCCACCCCGGCUCGCCCGCUUCGUUCUCCUCCGGGAAGCCAGGCGCGGGGGGCGGGCACUCGCGCCGUCCCGGGGGCUCCAAGGAUGGCCGCGGCGACAAGAAGGGCAAGGCCAUGCCUCCCACGGGGGCGAGGGGCGCCGGGAAGGGCUCCGGAGGCCGGGCCGGGGCUAGAAUGAAGGGGCGGACCCGCUUGGCCGUGGCCGGCGAGGGGGCCACAACCUCCGCCGGGUCCGGGAAGGGGUCGGUGGCGCGCCCUCAGCAGCAGCCGCCCGCCCUGAGCCUGACGGACAGCAGCUCGGAGGGGUCGGACUGCAGCGCCUCGGAGGAGGCCAAGCUGCUCUCGCUGCUGGAGUUGGGCGGGCUGAGCGGCGGCGGCAGCGACACCGAGUCCCCCCCGAGCAGCAGCGCCCCGGCCCAGCCCGCCAGCGCCUCCGCUGACGGCGUGUCCCCGCUGCCCGAGGACCCGUCGACGGCUGCCUCGCUGGCCAGCAGCCGCCUGCCUCUCAGCACCUCGCUGGCUUUCUCCGACCUCACUGAGGAGCUGCUGGACGCGGGCGUCGUCAGGGAGCUGGAGGAGCUGCGCUCCGAGAACGACUAUCUCAAGGAUGAGAUUGAGGAAUUACGUGCUGAGAUGCUGGAGAUGAGAGACGUCUACAUGGAGGAAGAUGUCUACCAGCUACAGGAGCUCCGGCAGCAACUGGACCAAGCUAGUAAGACCUGCCGCAUCUUGCAGUACCGUCUGCGUAAGGCAGAGCGACGCAGCCUUCGUGUGGCACAGACUGGCCAGGUGGAUGGAGAGCUCAUCCACAGCCUUGAACAAGAUGUCAAGGUAGCCAAAGAUGUCUCUGUGAGGCUCCAUAAUGAACUGGAGGCAGUGGAGAAAAAAAGGAUUAAGUUGGAGGAGGAGAAUGAGGACUUGCGCCAGCGGCUCAUUGAGAGUGAGUUGGCUAAGCAGGUGCUACAGAAUGAAAUGGACAAGCUGCGGGAGAAUUCUUUGAAGAAAAGAGGAUCACGUUCUCUUGGGAAGACAGACAAGAAGUCAUCUGUGCAGGAGGACAGCGCAGACCUCAAGUGUCAAUUGCAUUUUGCUAAGGAGGAGUCUGCUCUCAUGUGCAAGAAACUGACAAAGUUAGCCAAAGAGAAUGACAGUAUGAAGGAGGAGCUGACAAAGUAUCGGUCCUUGUAUGGAGACCUGGAGAGCUCCCUUUCUGUAGAGGAACUAGCCGACUCCCCUCAUUCCAGAGAGGCAGAGCUCAAGGUCCACCUGAAGCUUGUGGAGGAAGAAGCCAACAUCUUGAGCCGGAGGAUAGUGGAGCUUGAGGUGGAGAACCGAGGGCUUAGGGCAGAGAUGGAUGACAUGAAGGGGCAAGAAGACAAAGAACUCUUAGGGCAAGAUAUCCAGUUUGCCUUCUCCAUGACAAACUGCGGGGAAUCUGGGGAGAGUGUGGUGGAGCUCAGGCGGCACUUACAGUUUGUGGAGGAGGAGGCAGAGCUGCUGCGGCGUUCUUUGAUAGAGCUGGAGGAGCAGAACAAGCUCCUCAUGAAUGAGCUCAAUAAGUACAAGUCAGACCAUGACCUGGACAUCACUCUGUCUGAGGACAGCUGCUCCGUGAUUAGUGAGACCUCCCAAGAAGAGCUGGCCAGUGCUAAGGUCCAAAUCAGUGAGCUAAGUGGCAAAGUUAAGAAGCUGCAGUAUGAGAACCGUGUCCUGCUCUCCAACUUGCAGCGCUGUGACCUUGCUUCUUGCCAGACUACCCGGCCCAUGCUGGAAACAGAUGCUGAGGCAGGUGACUCUGCCCAGUGCAUCCCAACGUCACUUUGGAGAGAGGUGCCUGUUGGGGGAGAUAAUGAUGCUAAGGAGAGAGCACCUGACAAUGGCUUUAGCAAGUCACAUGAAAGGAGCCCCAACAGGCUUCUCAAAUCCAAGGACUUUGAGACCCUCCUUGACAUCAGGGACCAGGGUGCACUUGUCAGCAAAGCCAUCGAUGUUCUGAUCUCCGAUGCCAAUGGCUUUACCUCCAGCCUCAAGCUCUGCAUGGACAAUGACUGUGCAGAGCUGGUGCUGAGUGAGGCCAUGGAUAAUGAGAGUAUGACUGACUCUAAGCUGAUCAAUGCCAUUUUGAUGCGGCUUGGAGUCCUUCAGCAGGAGUUGAACAGCUUCAUGAGGAAGGUGGACUACCUGGGAGAUUUCCUGAAAGACCAGAAGGACUCCUUGCCAAGCUCCAGCUCGCAGGAUUCCACAAAAGAAACUCUGCAGAAAGGUCAUGGCUCUGAAUUCCAGCAGUCUGACUUUAGGGAGGCACCAGACUGGGACAUCGCGGAGAGCAGGACCUCUGAUCUCUACCUCAGUAGCAACAACACUGCGGCCAUGGAUGUGGAUCCCAACAUGGAAGUUGACCGGAGCUACAAGUCAUAUCAACCAGAGGAGAAGGACUCUUAUGUGUCUGAGAUCAAGGAAUUACAACUGGUUCUUUCAGAAGCUAAUGAGAGCUUGAGGGGCCUACAAGAGCAGCUGGCCCAGGAGAGGCAACUGAGGAAAGAGGAAGCAGAGAACUUCACCCAGAAAAUCUGCCAGCUGAAGGAAGAUCAUCAGAAGGCUCUCCUGAGGCGAGAAUUUGAGCUGCAGAGCCUGAACCUUCAGAGAAGGCUGGAGCAAAAGUUCUGGAGCCAAGAGAAAAACCUUCUGGUACAGGAAUCCCAGCAGUUCAAGCAGAAUUUCCUACUCCUUUUCAUGAAGCUCAAGUGGUUUCUGAAGCACUGGAGGCAGGGAAAGGUCUUGCAGAAUGAGGGCAAUGACUUCUUGGAGGUGAACAGCAUGAAAGAACUGUACCUGCUGAUUGAAGAGGAGGAGCUGAACCCCCAGCAGCAAGCAGAUAACAAGACAUGUACCAGAGAUACCUGGUCUCAGGACACGCAGUCCAAUGAGUAUAUCAAGACCCCGUCAGACAUGAAGAUGAUUUUGAAGGAAUUGUGCACAGAGCUGCGUGAAGAGAGGAGAGGCAUGAAUGAGCUGCAGCAACAGUUUGCCAAGGCCAAGGCGACCUGGGAAAUGGAGAGAACUGAGCUCAAGUGUCUUAUCACACAGCUGGAAUCCAAGACUGGGAAAGGCCUAACAGAGCGAGCACUUUCUGACUGGAAAACGGCUCUAAAGAGGGAGCGGGAAGAGCAUCAGCACCUCCUGGCUGAGUCAUACAGCGCUGUCAUGGGCCUGACCAAGCAGCUGCAGAUCAGUGAGAAGAACUGGGACCAGGAGAAACUAGAGCUCCUGGGCCAAUUUAAGGAUGAAAGGCAGCAGGCUGAGCAGCAAGUGAGGGAGCUGCAGAACAAAAUUAAUCAGCUGCAGAAGGGAGCUGACCACUGGGCUUUCAAAAACUCUGAAAUGGAGAAGCAUGGCAGUAGCUGGAAAGAGGCUCUCAAUGAGAAAAUUACUGACAAAGAAACUGUUUCUGAAACAGACAUAAAAGGAAGUAACUUAAAAAGGACAAAGUCGGUUUCCUCAAUGUCUGAAUUCGAAAGUUUGCUUGACUGUUCUCCUUACCUUCCUGGCAAAACUAGUCCUGUCAUUGCAGACAAUGUCCACAGCAAAAAUGGGUCUCCAGCUACACAGGUGUUGCCUGACACUUUAAAGGACUCUGCAGGGCUUGUCCCCAAUAACUGUGCCUAUGUGAAUAGUGAGCAACCCACACCAGACAGCUUGACUACAGACAAGCUGGAUGUCUCACCAUGUGACUACAGCCAGACAAGCAGCUUCUGUGUGCAGGAUCAGACCCAGAAACAUAUCCAGAGGAGCUAUACAGCCCCAGACAAGACUGGGAUCCGCAUAUACUAUAGCCCACCAGUGGUACGCAGGCUGGAAUCGCCCCUUGUGCACAACAGAGAGGGGAAGAUAAUGGUUGAGCCUGGUUUCCUGUUCACAAUGGCCAAACCCAAGCAGGAAUCGGACAGCUCCGAAAACAUGUACAGCCGGUGGCUGUGCAACUUCUCCAAGCAGCAUCGAGAGCUGCUUGACAGUGGCACUGUUACCGAGAAAGCUGUGGCCCCUGUCCCCAGAUUUCCACCUUCCCUGCAUGACCUUGAAAUCUCUGGCAACAUGAGUGAUGACAUGAAGGAGAUCACCAACUGUGUCCGGCAAGCUAUCCGCUCCAGCUCCUUGGAGAGAAAGGUUAAGAGCACUUCUAGCCAGACAGUGGGAUUGACCAGUGUUGGUACCCAGACUACCCAGACUGUCAGCAUUGGUUUGCAGACAGACAUGCCCAGGGGCAGCAUCCACAGCAGCAAGAGCUGGUCCCCACGAAGCUCCUCCCUUAUAUCUGUUCGCACCAAGCAGAUCUCGACAUCUCUGGACAAAGUCCACUCCAGGAUUGAACGGCCCUGUUGCUCUCCCAAGUAUGGUUCUCCUAAACUCCAAAGGCGAUCGUCUUCUAAGCUGGACAGCUCCAAGGACCGAAGCCUGUGGAAUCUCCAUCAGAGUAAACAAAAUGGAUCAGCCUGGGCUCGUUCCACCACAACUAGAGACAGUCCAGUUCUCAACAACAUUAAUGACGGCUUGUCCAGCUUGUUCAACGUUGUGGAGCAUUCUGGGAGCACUGAGUCCAUCUGGAAGCCAGGGUGUCAGGAAAGCAAAGCGAAGCCAGAAGCACCCAAGUAUGGCAUAGUGCAAGAGUUUCUCCAGAAUGUCUGUGGCAGAACUCAGAGCCCCACUUUGGCUUCUGAGAAGAUAGACCCAGGAGGAGGAGACAAUAGUAGCAAGAAGCCAGAUCAUUCCUUCUCAGCUGUGCUCCUGCAGUCUGAAAACAUCCCCAAAGUCCUUGACAAAAAGCCCCUGAAGCUGAGCUGCAGCGAUGAACCAAAGCUAUCUACCCUGAGCCAAGGUGUCAAGGACAGAGCCUUAAAGGAGCCAGACAUCAUCUCUGCUACUAUAGCUAACGAGGAUGUUGCCUGUGACUGCAGCUCCCAGUCGCUGACUUCCUGUUUUGCUCGGCCAUCACGCUCAGCUGUCCGCCACUCCCCUUCCAAGUGCAAGUUGCACCCUUCUGAUGGCAGCCGGGUGGAAGAGAAAGCAGGGCCUCUGAGUGAGUGAGAGGACUGUGCUUGCUACUCUGCUGAUGGAAGAGCAACCUAUGCCCUGGAACUGCCACUCCCUUUGGCACCUCUAGGACUGGCUACUUCUGAGCCAGCCACGGCUGAGGGGCUCUGCUCUUAGAUAUCCGGGGUGGUACCAUGCAUCUCACCCCGGGCAUCUUUCCUUUGCUCAACAGGGAUACCAGCAACACAGAAGCGGUGCUACAUAGCCAGGGGACAUAGUGGGGAGAGUCUUGCUAGGGAUGUGGUUUCUGGUCACUGGAAACCUUUCAGUCCCUGCUGUCAGUGGGAACAUGACCAACAAGAGCUGGACAUUUCCAGAGCCUAGUGAAGCAGUUCUGUGCUGUUUUCAUGGCAUCAGGUGCAUGUGUGUGUGUGCGCAUGUGUGUGGUUUCCCCACGGUCACCAGUUCAAGGAGAUGCAUCUCUCUCCAUUGCGAAAGGCAUCACAGGAAGGGGAAUCGGGGCGCGUCGUGCAGCAUCAGCAAAGCUGUUUGGGUCCUCCCUGCCUUGGUCUGGAGGAAAGGAAAACAGCAGUGCUUCAGGAAACACCAGAGAGCUGGUUUCAAAGCCUUAAGAACUCCUCUGAGAACAGCUGUGCUAAAGGAUCUCCCCCGAAUGAGGCAUUCGGUAUGGUGUACAGAGAAAGAGAGAGGGAGGAGGGUGUUAGCAAAUGGAAUUGACAAGGAAAUGCCACCACCACCACCACCACAAUGCUCUAGGCUGUUGUGUAAAAGACUGGAAACACUCUGGAUUUGCUCUACAACUCUGUUUGCAUGGAUAGCUUUCCCCAGGUGUGCCCAACCAGUGAUACCAGCAUUGGCCCGUAUACCCAGCCUGCAGUGCUGGCACACAGUAUGGGCCUGCAAGAGUGAUGCCAGCACUUGAAAAACAAGUGCUACCACUUCUCCUGUGAUCUGACCUGUGGGAAACAACAGUGCAAGCAUGGUCUGUGUUGCCUCCCUAUCCAUGUGCAUCAAACUUCCCAUGAUUACUAAAAUGCAUCAGUAGAGCUGGGCUUUCUUCCUCUUUAGGCUGCUGACGUCAUCUCCAUGGCGCAGAACAAUUUUUGCUUUGUUGUAUCAACCUCCAUGCUUGUCUGGCUGUGGUGCCGUUGAGCCAGAGGAGUUCAUAAGAAGGCAAUGCUCAGCCCUCCAUGUCCCCGAAUCCAGUCUUGUCUCCAUCUCUCCCUGCCCCACACAAUGGGUGGCCAUAGUUGUUCCCAAGGAGAAACACUUCUGUUAUUCUGUGUUGUUUUUUUAAAACUGGAAAUCUCAAAGCCUUUGUGACCAACCAGCCUCUGUAAGGAUGGUUAUUUUAAGGGGGAAGAAACAGCUUACGUGCAGAGGUGAACAAGCACAUAUCCCAUAGAGAGGAACCAGGAGAGACAGUGAAUAGGUAGAGGAAGUGCCAUCUUUCCAGUGUUGCAGAACAUUCCAAGUUCCUGGAUGGGGAGAUGGGGUUGGGUGCCCGCUUUGUAUCUCAGGGCAGGGCUUCUCCUAUGUCACUAUUAGGCAGCCAGUGCUCUGAUUAGAAAACAGUUUGCUUGCUACCUCUAGUGAGUCAACUCCAUUCCAUAGAAAAGGUAUGGGGCAGGGGACUGGUGGUAACCCUUUAGCUCCCAGUGUAAUGUAUUAACUGCUCAUAGGGGCAACUUUCAGAGCCCCAGCAGAGGAUCUCUCUCUUCACUUAAAAACUUCCCCUGCUUUGCUGAGGGAUUUGGGGCGUGGGUAAGUUAUGUUCCCCCCUUCCACAAGCUCCUUGCAGGCCACACUGCUGCAGGGAUGUGAUCUGAAAAGUAGGGCAAUGUUGAAUCGCAGUACAGCAGGAGGGUUCAUAAUGUACAGUCCCAUCACUGUAUAGAGCACAAGCAAGACCAGGCCCUGGCUUCUUUGGAAGUAGCCUUCCAGAGAGAGAUGACUCUUCUGGGACUGUACAUUUGAGAAUGCAGCUUGGGGAUGACAAGUUUGAAUGGUUCUCCAUGUAAAAAGGAAAAAUCAACUCAAACCUCCCUGCAUAUAGAAAACGUGAAUGUCAGGCAAAAGAAUAGGCUAGAACAUACUCUACCUCUGACAUGUCUGCUUUCCACAGGCAGGACAUUUUUGUUGUGAGAGAUUGAUUAAACAUGUCACACAAUCCCACUUGCAUGCUGAAGUAGUAUAAUCACAUGGAAGGGCUGUACUAUGUGGAUUUUUUAAAAAUUGUACGUCAACCCUCAGAGAGGAUUAUGGAGGAAUGUUCUUUAGAGGUGCAGUAGAACCUGACUGAUCUGAAUCAGAAGAUCAGUUGGUCAGUUUUUGUUAUUACAAAACAGCAGGCCAUCCUUAGAAGGUUUAAAUUAUCUCAGCCUCAUCCAUCAGUGAGUUUGGAAAGAGGCUUGGAAAGCUGAAAUGAAUAUGAAACUUCUUAAAUUCACGAAUCAUUGCAAGCAAGGAACAAUUUUCUUUUAAUAUUCUCCUUUUGGAACCUGUGUGGAUUUUGACUGAAUUUCAAUUUAUAUGCUUGCAGCUCAUAAUUUUUAAUUUGUAUUUCUCACUAAUGUGAGUUUAAGUUUCGGUUAUUUGUGUGAUAAUUCAGAAGUUCAAUUUAUUAUCUAAAUAAUUAGUGCUGUAGCAAUAUAAAUGUCUGUGGCAUCAUUUUAUUUAAAAUGACAACUUGCAAAACAGGAAAAGUAUUGUUUAUUUUUUUGCAAACUUUUGACAUGUUUACAACUGAAGACCAUAAACAUUCUAAAUUAUCCACCAUGAUAAACUGAAUUUUGCAAUAAAUAAAUUCUGCUAAAUAGAUUUGCUUAUUUUG